GUUUACAAGUGUCAACAACACCUAACCUUAAAAAUGAAUUAGAAGCGAAUUUGCAUUUAUUUUGAUUUUGUAGGCAUUUCUAAUUGUAAUCAUGGCACCAAAAAAAGACGCAAAAGGAGGCGGUGGAGCUAAGGAUAAGGGAGGGAAAGCUGCAAAAGGUGGUGGCGAUGCCGCUGAUAAAGGUGCUGCCGGCAAAGAGAAGAAAGGUGGUAAUUCAGUGAAGGUGCGUCACAUAUUGUGCGAAAAGCAGGGAAAAUGCUUAGAAGCAUUGGAAAAAUUGAAGAGUGGCCAAAAAUUCCCAGAUGUAGCUGCCGCUUACAGUGAAGACAAAGCCCGUCAAGGUGGUGAUUUGGGCUGGCAAAUACGCGGUGCGAUGGUCGGACCAUUCCAAGAUGCUGCAUUCGCGCUACCUAUUUCAACCGUAGCCAAUCCUGUUUACACUGACCCACCAAUCAAAACUAAAUUCGGAUAUCACAUUAUUAUGGUCGAAGGCAAAAAGUAAAUCAUAAAACUCACCUCUAUUUUAUAUCAAUCACUUUGAAUUCGGCAAUUGGAAAUACGUGUUUUUUUUUUCACUUUCAAUGUUAACUUUAAUGAAAAUGGCAUUUUUAGAUCAAACUAAAAUAAUGCGAAAAAAUAAAUCAUUCGAAGAAACCAUAGCUCUUUCAAUCAGAA